UGUUCUUUGGGCACGCGUGGGGAAGCCCGCUCCUUACCCCCUCCACGCCGAGCUAGCCUCGCCCUCCACUUUAACGUGUGCUCUCUCACGUCCGUGUUCCCUGCUGGGUGCCGUCCAAGCGUCGAGCCACGAUAUUUACUGCCUCUCACCGUCCACGUCUUCGUGCCCUGUCCCGUGCGGUCGUGAGUAGCAAGUCCUGCGGCACACUGACUUCGGGCUGCCGCAUCACCGACCUCGACGACUGAGCCUCGGCCUCCACUGACGGUCUGCCAUCAUGGCGCUCAAUCUUGAAAAGCAGUUGACCUUCUAUGGCGCGUACCACCACAAUGCCGUCAACAUCGGCAUACAUUCUGUCUGCGUGCCUCUGAUUCUCUUCUCUGGCUUUACCUUGGCCGCCAACUCGGGCACGCUGAUCCCUCUGCCGAGCUACCUUACGAUCCCGAACCUCGAUCUCAACCUCGGAACACUCGCAGCGAUAACAUGGGGUGGUCUAUAUGUCUUGCUCGAGCCGGUAGCCGGCACAGCGCUGGCUUUGCUAUGCCUCGGUGGCGCUGCCGGCGGUAACAAGCUCCUCGCCAAAGAUGCCGCCAUGACCAACAAGGCAGCCAUCGCCAUACAAGUGGUAGCCUGGAUUGCGCAGUUUGUCGGCCACGGAGUCUUCGAGGGUCGCGCCCCGGCUCUGCUCGACAACCUCGUCCAAGCCGUCUUCCUGGCCCCUCUUUUCGUGUGGCUCGAGACACUGUUCAAGUUCGGGUACCGCAAAGAACUCCAGGCCCGUGUUGGCAAGGCUAUCGACAGUGAAAUCAAGAAGUUCAGGAACAAUAAGCAGAAUGGCAAGACGGAAUAAAGGGGCUGAUGUUGGGGGGGCGAACGUAACUUUGAACGGCCAUCGUCUUGGCUUUCAAGGUGCUAGCUGGCCAAAAUCCGAGACCGGUAUAUUGAAGAUUCGAUCAGAAUGUGAAGAACAGUGAAAGGAAAAGGGAGACGCGGUUCUUUGGCCAAUAUUCUGCCACUCUAAGA